AUGGAAAUAUCACGCCAUACUCAUAUUAAAAUAAUAAUAUUACUCGUAUUAAUAGCAAUAUUAUUUUAUUAUCUACUGAUUAAAACAAAUACACAUGAAUUAAAAAAUACAUUUAAAGUAUUUCAUCAUAUUCUUAAUCGAAGUCGAAUUAUGGAGAUGCUUGUUCCAGUUUCUAAUGUUACUAUAUUAAAUCGUAUUGGGAACAUUACUAAUCGUACAAAUACUAGUACUAAACGAUCGAUUAAUACUACUAUAACACCUGAUCCUUCUACUACUACAACAACUGGACCUCCUACUACUAUUGAUAUAGCAGAAUUACUGGUCGAAAGAUCUCCAUCUGCUGUACGUCUUAAAGCAAAGGCUCCCACUGGUGGUCUAGCUGUUUUUCUUUUUCAAACUGAGCAUUAUAUUCUUGCUGAUCUUCAAUUAUAUCUUAUGCGAAAACUAGCAAUAGAUCUAGUUGCUCUUGAAUUAUUUAUUGAUAGACCACUAACACCAGAAAUGUGUGAUGUUGCUCGUGAACACAGAGCUAAAAUUAAUAUUUUUCCAACUGACCGACACCGAGCUAAUGCUGGAGGAUCAGAUAGAAAUACUGCUAUUGUCAAUUGGGCAAUAUCUCUAAAGGCUAAAAAAUAUCUUGGUAAUGGUACUGCAAUUCUAUUACUCGAUGGUGAUGUUUUUCCUUUAACUCCAUUUGAUUCAGUAACACUAUUAAAUUCUCGUGAUGUUGUUUGUCGAAAACAUCCAGCAUUAUUUGCACGUUUUUGUUGGAUUGGAUUUAUAUGUUUAGGACCACAACUAUAUGACACUAUCGAUCAUUUUAAUGUAGGACAAACUAUGCGCCAAGGUAAAUCUUACGAUUCAGGUGGUAAAACAAUCGAAUAUUUUUUAAAAUAUGAAAAUGCUUCAUUUUCAUGGAUGAGAGAAACAAUAUUUCUUGGUACUGAUAAAGACUUAUUCUGGGGUGCAAUGGAUCAAGAUAUUAAAUGGAUUUCACAGCAUUUUAGUCGAUGUGAUAAAUGUGGUCCUGAAAUAUUCUUAUCACCGUUUGAUGUUAGUAAUGCUGUUUUUUAUCAUAUGAUUAGUGCAACUUCAGAUUGGAGAUUUGGAGGUCAAGGUGGACGACGACUAUCAAUACAUGAUUCUGUAAUGCAGUCUCCUUAUGGACCUAAUAAAACUUAUUCAAUGUCUGAUAUUAUUGCUUCAGUAAGAAAAGUUCAACAGAUGGAAUUAAUACCAUUCUUUGGUAAUUUAACUUGUGAAAGAAUAUGUGGUGGUUAA